AUGACGUACAAAUGUGCAGUGGUCGACGUACCGUUCGGCGGAAGCAAAGGUGGAGUCAAAAUAGAUCCAAAGAAGUAUACCACUGGAGAACUGGAGAAAAUUACGCGAAGGCUGGCGAUCGAAUAUUCUAAGAAAGGGUUUCUUGGCCCUGGCGUCGAUGUACCAGCACCUGAUAUGGGAACAGGCGAACGCGAAAUGGCGUGGAUCGCAGAUACAUAUGCAAUGACAACAGGGCAUCUCGACAAGGAUGCAUACGCCUGUGUAACCGGCAAGCCGAUAGGUCUAGGCGGCAUUCAUGGUCGCGUAUCUGCUACCGGAAGGGGAAUAUGGAACGGAAUCGAAGUGUUUUUGAACGACCGUGAAUAUAUGGAAAGAAUUGGAUUAACACCUGGUUAUCAGGGAAAAACUUUUAUAGUUCAGGGCUACGGCAAUGUAGGCCUCCAUGCUGCCCGGUAUCUCACCCGUUCCGGUGCGAAGUGCAUCGGCGUUUUGGAAAUUGAUGGCUCGAUUUUCAACCCGAACGGUAUUGACACCGAGCAGCUUGAAAAAUAUCAAGAGGCAAAGGGUACCAUUGUCGGUUUCCCGCAAGCAAAGCCUUACACUCCAAAAGAUGAUCUAAUGUUUGAAAAGUGUGAUAUUCUGAUUCCAGCAGCCAGAGAGAAAACUAUCACCAAAGCAACGGCUGGCAAAAUUCAUGCCAAGGUGAUCGCCGAGGCAGCCAACGGACCAACGACGCCAGCCGCACAUAAUAUCCUUUUGAAGAGGAAUAUCCUGGUGCUACCUGAUUUGCUGGUCAACGCUGGAGGUGUCACUGUGUCUUAUUUUGAAUGGCUCAAGAAUCUCAACCACGUUAGUUUUGGUAGAUUGACGUUCAAAUAUGAAAAGGAAAGCAACAUGCGAUUGCUGAGUAGCAUUCAGGAAUCGAUCGAAGAUGCUUUCGGAAAGAGCGCUGGUUCGGUGCCCAUAGUAGGAAAUGCAGAAUUCCAAGAGCGAAUCGCGGGUGCUUCUGAGGAAGACAUUGUCCACUCAGGUUUGGCCUAUACAAUGGAACGCUCUGCUAAGGCCGUAAUGACCACUGCCAAAAAGUACAACUUAGGCUUAGAUCUGAGAGUAGCUGCCUACGCGAACGCUGUGGAAAAAGUAGUCAGCUCCUACGUUGUUGCUGGAUUCACUUUCACUUAA